AACACAAGCACCGUUUGCGUUUCAGCCAAAGUGCACUUUUUUUACAAUGUAGGCCGCUCAUUUCUGUGUUAGUUUCUGUAUUCAUUCUUUUUGUGUGCUGUUUGAUAUAAAUUUUUUGGCGUUAAAGCAAUGCUUUUCAUUGAAAUAUUAAUCCGCUAAAUUUUUGAACCAAUUAAGUCUGUUUACUAGAGUGUCCGCUUACUGAUUUGCAACUUACAAAUGUAAUUCACGAAGUCUGGGAUCUCCUUGCCAUAGAUUAUGGAUUAAUAAUUUAAACUUCAAUAGUUAUUUGUCACAUUGAAAUAAUCAAUAUGAUCUAAAUUGAUUUGUUUUUAUCAAUUAAGUUAAGCGAUUAAUCGUAUCUGAAAGAAAGAUCUGGCCUGAAACUCGUUGCUGCUGAUGACUUCUGACCUUUUCGAACGUCAUCAGAAAGAACUGCACGAUUUAUCAGACACGAUUUGGCAUAACCCGGAAUUGGCCUUUGAAGAGCGGGUUGCACACAAUGCCAUAACUGACUUCUUCGUUGAGGCUGGCAUUGGGACUGUGACAAAGAACUACUUACUCGAAACUGCUUUCAAAGUUGAAUAUUUAACUGGCAAAGGCAGCAAAGACACUAACGAGACUGAAACUCCUUGUGUAGCAUUCUUUAGCGAGUACGACGCACUCCCUGGAAUUGGACAUGCUUGUGGACACAAUCUGAUCGCAGUAGUCGGAGUUGCCGCUUUUCUCAAGUUAAUAGUUGCUUUGGACGAAAUUGGCACUGUGGUUCGUGUGGUUCUGCUCGGGUCUCCCGGGGAAGAGGGUGGGGGAGGGAAGAUCUGGCUGAAGAAAAAGGGUGCUCUGGAGGGGUUGGAUAUGGCGCUCAUGUCUCAUCCCGAGUCACGUACAAUGUGUCUAAAUUCAAUCACACAGUGCAUCAAGAGGCUCAGAGCUACAUUUUAUGGGAAAAAUGCGCACGGGACAACCCCUUGGCUCGGUCGGAAUGCACUUGACGCUGCAGUGCUAGCUUACACUAACAUCAACGCACUAAGACACUGGAUGCAUCCUUCCAUGAGUGCACAUGGAAUUUUCACUGACGGUGGGAAGGCGCCCAAUAUCGUUCCGGAAAGGGCUGAGCUGCUUUUCUACUUCCGAGCUCCUAGUAAGAAGGAGCUGCAGCCUUUGUUAGAGCGAGGAGAAGAGUGUUUCAAAGCAGGGGCAGCAGCUAUUGGAUGCACAGUUCAAAUCAGAGAACAAAGUGUGUCUUACGAUAGUGUGGUGCAGAACCCAGUUCUGGGUCGUAUCUACGAGGAGAAAAUGAAAGCACUCGGUUAUAAAUUCCCCUCCGAGAACGAGAGACUCUUCCAAGGCAGCACCGACAUGGGGGAUGUCUCCCGAGUUGUUCCCGCCAUUCACCCCUGUUUCAGCAUCCCAUGUAACAAUGCGUCCGCUCACUCGCCCCCCUUUGCCGAGGCGGCAAAAUCGGACGAGUCGUUUGUAUGCGCGAUGGACUCUGCGGAAGGUUUAGCUAAAACAGCUCUGGAGGUUUUGCAGAACAAGAAGCUUUUUGAAGAAAUGAAAAAGAGUUUUGCAGAAACUUGGGAUUCGUGAUUGAACUCGUCUUGGAUUUGAAAACUGCAAGAAGUAAUUUAAUAGAUUCUUACUUGUAUUUUAAAUGCACUGAUUGCAUACAAAACUUCUUUGCCAGAGGUUACAAACUUGUUUACAACAAAUUAGUUUUCGAGAAUCUAAAAUGAAA